GUGCGGAUGUGUCAGAGAAAUUUUGUACUAUAUUGGAUUUUAUAUGACGUUACAGCAAAGCGGGUGAGAUGUAAUUAUAGGAGUGGCUUUUGCGAAUUAAUUGUAAUAGACAGUAGUGUUGUAGUGAACGUGGUCUAAUUUUAAUUACGGAUGUUUAAAAUUGGAAUGUUCAAUGGCUGUGAAUAUGGAAGUAGAAAAGAGCACAUCGAAAGAGAUUGACACGCAACUUUCGGUGAAUAAUUCGACAGAGUUCAAUGACGGUAUUCGAAAACACAACGAAAAUAUUGAGGAGAUCGAGGAUUCAUUGUCGUCCCUUAAAAGCAUAAGCAUCGGCAGCGGGAACCGUGAUGACACUAUUAUAUACGCACAGUUCGAGAACUCUCAACAAUACGAAGAGAAUUCGGAAAACAAUCGAGCGUCUGCGAACGAGGAAGAGGAGAAGAGUGACGAAGAUAAAGAGAAAGAAUCCUUAGAAAGCGAGGAAAUGUCAAAGAAUGAUCGCAAGGCUGAACAACCAGGAAUGGCAUCGGAGAAUUCCACUGAUGGUUACCCGUCUCAGGCUCCCUUAGCUUUCACAAUUGAUUUUGGUACCAAGGAAGUUGACACGACUAAAUAUCAAAAUUUGUUCGAAAGAUAUAAUGCUAGGCAUAAAAGAAAUUUAUCUACAUCGAAAUUGAAAAACAAUUUUCAGGUAGAAGUAAACACAAAACCAAAUGUUCCGGUUUCUUCAAGCUUAAUGCAGAAGCAAAAAGUUUCUGGUACACAUUCGGAAGGCUACUUUAGUAGCGAGGAUGAUACCAAACGAAAAACAGAUCAGUUAUCAGAGAAAUUAAAACAACUAGGUUCAAAAUCAUUUCUAAAACCAUUAAACGUUUUGAAAAAAUCUGAGUCUGACGUGAAAGUAUCAAAUUUUCAUACCAAGCAAGAUGCGAUGAGUAAAUCCUUUGAACAUUCAAAACAAGCAAGACUUCCAUAUAAGAAUCUCUCUUUAGAACUUGGGUGUACGGAGAAAAAUACUCCAUCUUGUUGGUCGUCACCGAAAUCUUCUACUAUAAACGAUUUAAGUAAAGUACAACUAAACAAUUGUGACGACGAUGAAGAAAAGUUAUACACGAAGAACAUAGAUCAAGAAGAUGAGUACGAACAUUCAUCUGACAAUGGAUCUGAAAAAGUGUCUAAUAUCAAUUACGUUCGAAGUAAAUCCACGCAUACGAAAGAACGCAACUUGUCUAGCGUCAGUUAUACGAUGGAACUAAAUCCAAAUGAAUCGGGUGAAACAAAUAUAGAAGUUUUUAAUGUCAGCAACGUCGAUACAGAAUCGGACGGUGCGGUUAGCGAAGCAGGAACCUAUACUAUUCACAAAGAUUACACUGACGAAGAGAAAGCAAGAAUGGACAUCGACAAAAUAUUUAGCGUGGGCGUUUUAACCGAAGAAGAUAGUAGCGAAGCAUGUAUUCAUAGUUUUAAGAUGUGCACUUCAAGGGAUAAUAGCACAUGGAUAUCAGAAUGGGCCUCUCAGAUCGUGGAACAUAAUUCUCUUCCGCCAGCGAUCGGUGGGCCAACCGGUCGUACUCCUCCAUUGAGUCCUUCCAAAAUACCGUCUCCGAUUCACAGCAAAUCGCAAAGACUAGCUCGCAAUCGUAAUGAGUACGAGAGCAAAAUCGUAGAUACAGAAUCGUAUAUACGGAUAAAAGAAAGAAUCGGUUUAAUUACGAACCAAGACAUGAACAUUGAUUCUGGUGGAGAGUCAGAUGACGAUACUAGUAAUAGUUACAACACGCCUCCGCAAAGUUCGCAAAGAACACCGGUCCAUAGUGCUUUGGCAAGAAGAGGAAGUUUAUCGGAAUCCCUUUUUAGGAGAGCUAACAGCAACGAGAACAGAAGGAGUAUUCGAAAAUAUUUAAGUUCAAAUAAAUCAAAGACUGAGGAUGCAAAUGCAGAAUUAAGUAGUCCGUCCAAAGAUUUUACUUCCCUUCAUUUAGGAAAACGAAGUAGUUCCUUGGACAGGAGAAACUAUAUACCUGACGUGGCAGAAGGUAAUACGUCCAGGAGAAGUAAUUCUAAAUAUUGCCAAGACGAUGAAGUCAGAUAUCCCAAUAGUCCAGUUUUAAGUCGUUUAAGACCAUCCACACCAAAAUUAACAACCAGUCCAAUCGUAACUCGUAAGACGGUCAGCCAAAUCGUUAAUUCACCGGUGUUGGAAAGAACUAAACGUUUGGCCAAGUGUUCUCCGCAAGCCAAAAAUAUUGGCUAUUUUACUUGCGUCGAAAACAGCCCGUACAUGUUAAGGAAAUCUAAUAGCACUGCAAGUUACCAUGAAGGAAGUGUUGGUCUUAGUACGACGGCGGAUAGUGUCCUUCAAAAUAGUCCGAAUAUUAAGCCUAAUUUAACCAUCCAAAGAUCAUGUAGUAAUGCAAACAUUAGAAGUGUAAAACCGCAAAGCCAUUCAUCGCGACGUAGUAGUUUCAAUAGCAGCGAUAUCGAUAGAGCAUCGUCUAGGGAAAGGUAUCUCGCCGUUUCUGAUAGCAGCAGUGAAACUGGUGAACAGCAAGCAAAAUGCUCACUAGGUUCAGCUUCUUCCGGGAUUAAAUUAAAUCGAGCCUUUAGUAUAAGGAGGGCUAGAUUGAAUUGUGAAUCUGACACGACUCCGAAUACGACACCUGAAGAAAGACGAAGAAGGGCACAAAGUGAAGUAAAGUCGGUACCUUCAAACAAGCAACAAACCUAUCACCGAUCUCGGGCCGGUAACGUGAAUGCACAUAGUAAAGAAACGACGAAAAAACUGGAGCCUGCGAAACAAAGAGCUGUAUCAAUAUCAAGAACUGAUAGUACAAGGUUUAGUAUGAGAGCUCCGAAGUCAACUCAUCAUGCACCUGUCGUACAACGACCUGCGCAAAAAGUAAUUAAAGAUCAAAAAAACUCUGGUAGAAGCAAUUCAACGUUAACGUCGAAAGAAGUAGAAUUCCAAAAUUGGAAGAGAAGGAAAAGUUAUGAUCCGAUGAAAGCAGCUGCCGAAGGUAGAAAGAAAUUGAUAGACAAUUCGAAAAAACAUCACAGUACAGAAGAUAGUGGAGGGAAUCAUGACAAUUCUGUAUUACGCUCAGCAAGUUUUCAUGGGACGGGUGGGACUCUUUCGCUAGCGAACGAGUGGUCUGACAACGAAUUAAAUAUUGCUCAGAACGACAAUCAAAUACCUCCACCGUGCAGUCCGCAAUUGGAAAGCGACAGUGACAUGGAAACAUCGUAUUAUUUGCAAACAACUCAAAACGUAGUAUCGGCUAUAUCGGCUCGUAUAACAGUGUGUCGAUCGCCCUUAGUAGACUCAGAUAAUGAUAGCGACGAAGAUACUAGUCAUAGCUUACAUAAAAAUAUGUCGAAAUCAAUUCGUCAACCUAGCGAUACGGAAAGUAGCGACGAUCGUCAUCCUAACGCUCAGAGUGCUAUAUCGAACACCAAGUAUAAUCGAGCCUUCAGCUUACGCAGAGCAAGAUUGGAUUCGCAACCAACGAAACUACCGACGAACGUAAAUAAGAAUAAACCAAUUACACAGAGUACUAGGAAAUCUGAAUCUGCCACAAGCAUUAGUAGAACGGAUUCCGGUCGUUUCAGCAUGAGAUCAAAUAAAACCACAAAUACUGCUACAUCUAAGGCAAAAUCAAAAGAAACGAAGAAACCUGCAGCGCCAAAUACAAGGGAGGUUGAAAUGCAGAAUUGGAAGAGGCGCAAGAGUUACGAUCCGAUGAAGGCAGCAAUGGAAGGGAGGAGAAAGGCAGGUUUGGCUAAGAAAAGCACGAACCCCAAUUUUUCUCCGAGCAAUGUCGCGAGAUCUCGUAGUUUUCAUGGCUCAUCAGGAUUCGGAGUUAGUGAUUGGAGCGACGAAGAGUUGGCUAUAUCUGCAGACGAAGCUGCAGUAUACUAGAGGUGAAAUUAUUACCAAUAUAAAUAAAUUUAAUUAACGGAACUUGAUUGCGUCAAUGUACAUAAAGACUAAGGAUGUCAGUCCCCACAGAAUUGCUCUAUAAAUAGUUCUACACCUUUACAGUUAUAUUGAAUGAACGAGAAUGUUAAACAAAUCUUUUCUAUAUUAAAAGAUUCUAUUUUUUGCAACUUUUAACAUUAAGAAUCUAUAGACAUACAGCUACCAGCAUUAUUCUAAGUUGAAAUAUUAAUGUUCAACGAAAUUGGUACAUUCUAAUAGUUUAGUUUUUAUUUCAUUGUAAUGUAAACUUCAAUUUAGCAUAUUGUUGCAUUUAAAAAAAAUUCCAAGGAAGUAAAAUAGCGAAUGUGUUGAGAUCUUCCUGGAUUUGUAACAAGGAAGUUAUAGUUCUACUUAUAGGGCCUAAUAAUUGCGAAUACUAAACGGAAUGAAUCGUGUACAUAAUUGGCUUGAUCGUAAUUGGACCAAUCAUGUAAUGGUGUAAUAUCUUCAUAUCAUAAUACUCAAAAUAUUCUUUUUCGUAUCCUUUUAAUCGUACUGAAUGCUCUCUAAUUUAUUUCAACUUCGAAAUCGGUAAAAAAUAAUCAUUAUAAUUAUAUAUUAGUACAAUCGAUCAAUAUCAUUAUCAAUUUAGGCAAAUUAUGAAUUUUUCAAAAGGGGAGUUAUACACCUUUUCAUAUAUUAUCAGUUAAUAUAUGAGCUCUCUAUAUCUCAACAUAGAUAUCAAUGUAUACAAAGAAAUAAUGCUACUUGCUCUGAAACCGUGCAAUGAACUAUUGUAAUUAUACUUUUUACACUUAAUAAUUUACUGAUUAAUGUGAUCAUACUAUGCUUUAAGAUGAUAGUACGUAUCAUAGUAUUAUAUUUUAUCGUUGACCAGUUUAAUUGUACAUUCUUCCGUUAAUUAUGUACAUAUUAGAAAAAUGUUUAAAUGGAUUAUUGAGAUGGAUCUACCUUGCUUAAUAAAUUAAUGCGGCCAUUGCAUUGAUAUAUUGAUCUGUAUAAUCUAGAAAGGAUUAAGCUUAGUGUGUAACGAUAACUUUGUCUAAGAAACGAUGUACUUGUUCAGAAAUUUAUAUUCUUCGAUCGCGUAUUUUGUUGUUUAUUUGAUCACUUCAAAUUUUAUCAUAUUCGAACGCAUUGAUUUUCGUAUAAACAUUUGUUCACGUUCUAUUUUUCAGUAUGUAAUUUUCGUGAACAAAUGUUGAUCAUGUUAUUCAAGUCACUACAUAAUAAAUUAUCGAGAAACAUGAUUACUAUUGUUAUAUUGUCAAAAUACACUUUGAUUAUAGUACAUUUUAUUCCAAUAACUUUAAGGAGGUGCUAAUUGUAUAAAUUCCGUUUUAAUCAAUCAAGAACCUACCUAUUUAUUCGAUCGUGAAAUGUUAAUUAAUAAUGGAAAUAAAUAUACCAUACCUGUAAUUAUAACGUAACGGCGCUAAAAAUGUUCAUAGUAUCAACUCUUCCGCAAAUGAUGCGAACGUUUAAUUGUAUCAUCGAUGAUGAGUAAUGCACUAUACAUACAUUUUUAAUAUGUUACAAUUUACAUCUGUAAAUCUUAGUUUAGUAUGGAUUUUCUUUCGUGUUCUCUUUUUUUGAAUAAAUAUGGGCUUCCAUAGUGAA